AUGACCAUAACCACCAGCAAGAGAGCAGAGCCGCGCAGGCUUGCCAUUGGUGUAGUUGGUAUUGGACGCAUCGGGCGGCAACACGCCCUCAACGCCCUGCACAACGUGCACCGUACCAAACUGCUGUGCGCCUGCUCGCCCGCCCCGCAGGACCUGGAGUGGGCCGACGAACACUUGGUGCCUUACGGCGUCAACGUCUACCCUUCCUUCGAGGAGAUGAUUGCCGAGCCCGGGCUGGAGGCCGUCAUCAUCGCCUCGACCACCAAGGUCCACUAUGAGCAAGUCACCGCCUGCGUCAAGCGCGGCCUACACGUGCUGUGCGAGAAGCCGCUGUCCAUGUCUGUGGCCGAGUCGCAGGCCAUCGUCGACCUCUGCUCCAAGCCCGAGUACAAGCACCUCAAAGUCAUGACCGCCUUCUCACGCCGCUUCGACGACUCGUACCUAAACGCCGUCAAGGCCAUCGAAGAAGGCCGCAUCGGCCAGCCCGUUGUUGUCCGCAGUGAGACACGCGAUAAGUUCGACGACAGCGAGUUCUACGACCGUUACGUCAUGGCGAAUCCAGGCAUCUUCAUCGACACGGCCGUUCACGACAUCGACCUGACGUUUGCAUUCAUGGGCAAUCAUCUCAAGCCCAAGUCGUGCCACGCCAUCGGCACCAUCGCCCGACACCACAAGCUGGCUCAGAUCGGUGACGUUGACAAUGCCACUGGUUGCGUUGAGUGGUACCCGCCUGCUCCAGGCAAAGUUGCCCCUAUCUCCUACUAUUUCUUCAGCCGCAUCAUGCAUCACGGCUUCGACAACCCCACCGAGAUCAUCGGCACCGACGGCGCGCUCAAGAUCAAUUUACAUCCCCACCGCGACCUCGUUGUCCAAGCCAACAGCAAUGGUAUCGGUAACGAUGUCAUGCCCGACUUCUACGAGCGUUACGAGAAGGCCUUCGUCACCGAGCUGCGUGUCUUCGCUGACGCCGUACUCGACAGCAAGGAGCUACCCUAUCCGCUAGAUGUAGCCGUUAAGGGCAUGGACAUCGCGGCUGCCCUACAGGAGAGCUUGAGGACGGGUAAGAAGAUCGAAUGGGACGAGAAUGGCAACAGAAUAUCGUCGUCCAAGUAA